AUGGAUGUGGAUUUGGAAGUUUAUCUGAAGUCCCAACUGGAGCAGUAUAUCAGUAACCUUCAGCGAGUUCGUCUCAUUCGAACCAAUAAGAGGGAAGGACUGGUCCGUGCCCGUUUGAUUGGUGCAACUUUUUCUACUGGAGAUGUGCUUACAUUUCUGGAUUGUCAUUGCGAAUGUGUUCCUGGAUGGCUGGAGCCGCUGUUGGCAAGGAUUAGUGAGAAUGAGACUGCUGUUGUAUGCCCAGUUAUUGACACUAUCGAUUGGAACACUUUUGCAUUCUACAUGCAGACAGGGGAGCCGAUGAUUGGUGGAUUUGACUGGCGUCUUACAUUCCAGUGGCAUGUUGUCCCCGAUCGUGAAAGAAAACGAAGGAAAUCAAGAAUAGACCCAAUUAGAUCACCUACGAUGGCAGGUGGGCUGUUUGCUGUCAGUAAGAAGUACUUUGAAUACCUGGGCACCUAUGACACAGGGAUGGAAGUAUGGGGAGGAGAGAAUCUAGAGCUAUCCUUUAGGAUAUGGCAAUGUAGAGGCACGUUGGAAAUUGAUCCCUGUUCACAUGUAGGCCACGUUUUUCCAAAGCGUGCUCCUUAUGCACGCCCAAAUUUCCUCCAGAACACUGUGCGAGCAGCUGAGGUGUGGAUGGAUGAAUACAAAGUACACUUUUAUUACCGGAAUCCUCCAGCUAAAAAGGAAAAAUAUGGAGAUAUUUCUGAAAGAAAACUACUCCGAGAUCGUUUACAAUGCAACAGUUUCAACUGGUAUUUGAAGAAUGUAUACCCAGAAUUGCAUGUACCUGAGGAUCGUCCUAAUUGGCAUGGGGCGAUUCGUAGUGUUGGAAUUCCUUCUGAAUGUCUGGAUUACAAUGCACCUGAACAUAGUCCUAUUGGAGCACAGUUGUCUUUGUUUGGUUGCCAUGGUCAGGGAGGUAAUCAGUAUUUUGAAUAUACAUCCAAAGGGGAAAUUCGAUUUAAUUCUGUGACUGAACUGUGUGCAGAAGUGAAUGAUGGAAAGAAUUCCAUUGGAAUGAAAUAUUGCCCAUUAGAUGGCUCCCCUGUACCAGAGUCGAUUACAUGGGAAUUUCAGCAGAGCGGAAUGAUUUUCCAUCCAAAAUCGAACAAGUGCAUUACUUCCUAUUAUACAGCUGAAGGACGGAUGGAUGUUGAAAUGAGAAUUUGCAAUUCAGAGGACAAUAAUCAAAUCUGGCAUUUUGAAUAGGGCUAUUCACGAUUUUCCAGAGUAAACAGUAAUGCUUUGACUUGAUUAAUUGUCAAAGAGAAAUCAAUGCUAAGUGAAGUUAAAAUUUAAUGCAUUGAAGCAAAGUGCAAUUUAUAUCACCGUGGUGCCUAAAACAUUGAUGAAAAUCGUCAAGGGAUGGGUGAGGUGGAGGGGAUAGCUUGAGUGGAUGUAGAUUUUUAUCCAUUUUUGAAUACCAGACAUUGUGUUCUUUUUGUUCAUGAGGUCUUAUUCAUGGCUCUCUGUCUGGAUUUUUGUUUUUAUUCCCCUUCCUUGAUCACUGUAUCAGAUAACUGAAACUAAUCAAACUGCUUUUUGGACUUGAAUGAGUCCCUGUUGCUUUGUGAUUUGUACAAUUUUGCUUGAUUUGCUUUUCUAUUAUCUUUAAAAGGGAAAAAAGAUUGCAGGCUUCAAUCUAGACAAAAUGAAACAAUUCAUGGUUUCAGAACGUGAGGAGAAAUUUUAGUUCUAAAAUUUUUACUUUUGAAAUGUGGCUUAAAUGCUGUUUUAAAAUACAAUCUGUAUAAGGGAUAAAUGAUCGGUAAAGCGCUUCCAAUGCAGGAACAAAGGGAUGGAAAACUUGUGCAGAUGUAAGAAAUGCAUGAAAUAAACGACUGUCUUUUUAGAAUUAUAUAAAAAUAAAUUAUUAUUUUUUAAAAA